CAAACUUUUAUAUGCAACAAAAAGAGAAGAUGGAAGAUCAAGGAAAUGCAACAGACAUUAGACAACAUAUAUAUAUAUAAGAUAUAUAGGGGAAUAUAUAGAGAUUUUGUUUCUCCUGUUGUCUAUAACAACAAAAUCUAGACCCAUCAUUUUUCAGUCGCAUGGAUAAGAAAGAGUCGCGAUUCUUUGCAAUUCUCGCAGCAGGAAGCAAGAUGCCGGACGACGCGGACGCUCGAGUUCUCGACCAGGAGCAGUGGCGUCUGGAGGCGCAGGCAGUCAUCAACGAUGUGAAGAAACACGUGCGGGACCUGAGGGUGUCAGAGCGGCUGGUCAGCACGAAUCAGGUCAUCUACCUGAACCUGACGACGCUGGAGGAUCUGCGAUUUUGCGUGGAACUGUCAGCCGCCGGUUUCGCCAUCGUUGGCAACCGACACGACGACACUUCCAACGCGGGUAACCAGCGCUUCGAGACGCCCUACAGCCUCCUGGACUUCGUCAGUCCACAGUACAGGAACUCCUUCGGCAACUCGCUGUUGGAUAAACUGAAGGAACUAAACGAUCGACAAUAGACUUUGUACGAAGCUGCGAGCGGAAACGCACGUGUCGUUUUUAUUGAUAGUUUAAUUAUUCUGAUAACGAAGUGAUAUCGCAUAUCGAUUCGAUGUCAGAAAUGGCCGGAACAAAAAUUAAUAGAUAAGUAUAUAUACGUACUACAUCCUGUUAGAUUCUCUUUUUGCUCUUUUGCUAUUAUAUAAUAAAAUGUUCUCUCCUCUUUAUAUUUGUGAACAGAGAAGAACAAGCUAUAUUUUUCUCAAGUGCAAAUAUGCAGAAAAAUAUAAUUAUUU